AUGGAGAUCUUGGAGAAUCACCUGAGCAUCAAACAGAUAUUUAAGUCAUUAUGGAGAGGAAAACAGAACUUUUUGUUCAGUUGUGCCAACUUUCCAAGUAUCUCAGUGAGAAGUAGAUGGGGCCCUAAUGGAGCUAUAAGUGGGAAUGAGGCUUGGCUAGGCUCACACUCGUGUUCACUUUCUCAUCUGUGUACACACCCCCAGAUUGGCCCUUACUCCUCUAAAGACCGGCUUGAAACCCUUUAACCUGGUCAGACGAUGGAUGAGUCAGAUGAUGAUUUUAAAGAACUCUGUGCGAGCUUCUUCCAAAGGGUGAGAAAAAAUGGAACCAAGGAAGUGUCAGGAGAAAAGAAGACACAAAAGACCUCAAACAGCACUCAGACAGGAAACAAAUUAAAAAGGACUAAACGAACUGCUAUCAAGAGCAAAACUCUUCAAGGCCCUGCAGAGAAGAAACCUCAAUCUGGCAGCCAGGCCCCUAGGACUAAAAAGCAAGGAGCAACCAAGUCGCAAGGAAGUGAGCCAGCUGUCACUGUGAAUGGAGGGGGAGGUGUGCUUGCUCCUGCUCCAGAUCAGCCUGUGCUUUGGGAAAGAGCACAGAGCACCCAGACAGAGAGUGCUCCCAACAGUGACUCCCAGCACCCUCCUUCCUGUCUGACAACAGUGGUGCCAAGUCCCUCCAAACCCCGCAUGGCCGAGCUGGUCCUACAGCGAAUGCAGCAGUUCAAGAGAGCAGACCCUGAGCGUUUGAAGCAUGCUUCAGAAGAGUGCUCCAUCAAGGCCACACUGGAAGAAAAUGUCCCAAAGGGCCCUCCAGAGGAGAUGAUGGCGGGGAACGGGUAUGGGCCCAAGCUCCCUGCCACAGAGAGCGACGCUGCAGUGGCCUUGGCCCUGCAGCAGGAAUUUGGACAGGAACGAGCAUCUGCACAUGGUGAUAGCCUGGAGGAGAAGGGGUUGUUCUUCUGCCAGAUCUGUCAAAAGAACCUCUCAGCUAUGAAUGUGACACGGAGGGAGCAGCACAUGAACAGGUGCCUGGAUGAGGCUGAAAAGGUGUUAAGACCUUCUGCGCCUCAGAUCCCUGAAUGCCCAAUUUGUGGCAGACCGUUUCUCACCUUAAAGAGCAGAGUCAGUCACUUGAAACAGUGUGCGGUGAAGAUGGAGGUGGGCCCCCAGCUCCUGCUGCAGGCUGUGCGGCAGCAGGCAGCUCAGCCGGAGGCGUGCAGCAGCCCACCACUGUCCAGGUCUUUUAGCUUCAGCAAGCACGCUGGAGGUUCGAAACGGAAAGGUGCCACCAACAAGAAGGGACCGCAGAAGAGGCAGAAGGUGGACCAGCCUGAGGCGCCAUCUGAAGACCUACUGGUGGCCUUGGCUUUGUCCCGAUCUGAGAUGGAGCAGAGUCCAGCUGUGCCGGCACUCAGACUGGAAAAUGCUUUUUCUGAGAGGACAAGACUGGGUGCAGAGAAGAAAUGUCGCAGGAAGAAGCCCCUGGUCUCCCCCCCACUGCUGUUAGUCCAGGACUCCAAGACCACAGGAAGACAAAUAGAAGAUCGUGUGGCCCUGCUCCUGUCAGAGGAAGUGGAGUUGUCCAGCACGCCACCACUCCCUGCCAGCAGGAUGCUGAAGGAAGAGUUGCCACAGGCAGGCUGGUGCCUGCGACAGCCCAAAGGAAGGCGGCCCUUGCUAUGGGAUGGCAGUGCCCUGACCGGAGUCAGGGCUGUGGAGUCCUUCUACACGGCCAGCCUGGUCCCUCCCCUCGUGCCCCAGCGGCCUGCCCAGGGUCUCACGCAGGAGCCCAUGCUGCCACUGGUGCCACCUGAGCAGCCAGAGCAGGGCGUGCAAGGGUCACCUGUUCUUCACAGUAGCCCCGCUGUGGUCCGCGGCCCCAGAGACCCAUCGCCGUCUGCCAGCCAGAGGGAGCGCCAGGCCCUGCAGGACCUGGUGGACCUGGCAGGGGAGGGGCUGAGUGCCAGCCCUUGGCCCAGCAGUGGGGGCCUGGCCAGCUUGGGAAGGGCCACGGGGUUGGAUUUGGUGCCCAGCAGCCUUCCACUGACCGGGUUUGUCCUGCCCUCCGAGGAGAAGCACCCGGAGAGGGGUGGCCACGCUUCGCUCUCCCUUGGGUUGCUGGUGGCCAACUUCAGCGCUAUGGUCAAUAACCCUCACCUGAGCGAUGUGCAGUUCCAGACGGACAGCGGGGAGGUGCUGUACGCCCACAAGUUUGUGCUGUAUGCCCGAUGUCCACUCCUCAGUCAGUAUGUAAACAAUGAAGGCUUCUCUGCUGUGGAGGAUGGGGACCUGACCCAGCGUGUCCUGCUAAGCGACGUGAGCACCGAAGCCGCCCAUGCAUUCCUGAGCUACCUCUACACUGCGGAUGCCAGCUGUCCUUCCCACCUGGUCCCUGAGCUGAGCUCCCUGGCCCUCAGGUUUGGCAUGAGCGAGCUUGUCCACCUGUGUGAACAAGAGCCCUUCGUGCCGGACUCAGAGGAUGAGCAGCAGCAGGAGGACGAGAACUGUGGAAGCAGAGUGCAGAGCUUCCAGGCGCUCUUGCGCUCAGUGUGGGUGGACGAAGAGGAGGAAGCAGAGACCGUGUUGAGACCAGAGGACCAUGAAGAAGACAGAGAAAAGGUGAAUGAAGCAGAAAUGGAAGAAAUUUAUGAAUUUGCAGCGACUCAGCGGAAGCUGCUCCAGGGGAACAGAGUGUCAGACACUGACGGGGACACUGGCCCAUUCAGGGAGAACACUCUGAUGUCUGGGUGUGUGCUAGCAAGUGGCCAGGGUGACGAACAGCUGGAAACGGCAGAGCAAAUGGAGUCACCUGGGCCAGAAAGAGAGGAGGCCACAGCCAUCCUGGAAAUUCUGCCGCUCCAGGGCCAGCACUCAGAUGGGGAGUGGGAGGCAAAGACCCCUGAGCAAGGGGCGCCAAAGGAGACCUGUGGACGUUCCAGCUUGGCCAGCCCUCCUGGGGGCUGCCCGCCACAGGGAAAAGGAGGCUCCUGUUUGCUACCCGUUGAUGUCCAUGAUUCUGAACAGCUCUUUCCAUCAACUCGAAGAGAAUUCUCUGAACCAUCCCAAAUAACGAGUGAUCGUGAGGAACACAGUGGCACCGGUGGGAAACGGAGGGCGGAGAUUUCCCAUCCCGUUGCUCCCCGGCAGAAGUCCCCACCCCAGCAGUGCUGCUUCCUGUCACAGCCGCCUUGUGGCGGAAGUCCCAGCCGGUCACAUCUUCACUCCCAUUACGCAAUCUAUUCAGCCCCAUUAACGCCCCCGUCGCACGGUGGAGUUUCCAGGGUAAGCUCCCCAAAAUCACCAUCUGUAGUUGUACUGUCAAAGCAGAGGAGAGUCAGUAGCGUUCUCACGUCAUCUAAAGAGCCAGGCCACCAGAAGGGCAAAGAACGUAGUUCCAUGUGGGAAUGCAAAAGCAAGGGGGUCCUGAUUUCCCCAGAAAAACCUCCAUCCAUUGACCUAACCCAGUCAAACCCCGACCAUUUGAGUUUUAGAUCUCAGAAUUCUUCAUCCAGCAUGAAGAAAGAAGAUGAAGUUAUCCUUUUAUUGGAUUCAGAUGAAGAGCUAGAGCUAGAACAAACCAAAAUAAAAUCAGUUUCUGAUGAUCCCCCAGAAGAAAGGAACGUUCUAGAAAUUAGCCUCAAGUCCUCUGAGCUGUUUUCAGUCAUUGACGUUGAUGCAGAUCAGGAAUAUUCCCAAAGCCCACUGACGAGAGAAGCCAUGCCGCUGCGGGAGGAGGACGAGGGGCAGUUGGAGAGUCAGGGCUCUUUGGGCCGCAGAGGGGCCCCCUGGCUGCACUGUGACCAUGACCACGACAGCGGCCCCAACGAGGACACCACAGACACCUCAUGGCUGGUGCCUGCCACCCCGCUGGUCAGCAGAAGCCGUGACUGUUCAUCACAGACCCAAAUCACAAGCCUUAGUGCCAAGACUUCAGCAGAUGAGACAACCCUACACAUGCCCAGGGACCCCGUAGGAAACAGGCAAGUGAGCAAAGCUGCACAGAAGAUCUCAGUGAUCAUGCCCCAGAUGCCACCAUCCUGCCAUGACCCCAUCACUCCAGAAGCUUCCGGCAGUGGAUGGCAGGUCUACAGAAGCCCUUCCAGGCCCCACCCUGGGCGCCAGGAGCGCACUUCUCCACUGCCUCCCCGUCCCACCGCCGCGGCCCUUGCGGAUCUCACUGGGCACUUCCAGAAAUGCUCGCCGCCUGGGCUGAGCCCACCAAAUCUGGCCACAGCGAGCGAAGUGGUAGAAGUUGAGGACAGUGAGGACGAGCAGGAGGUGGCCUCCCACCAGGCAAACAGCAGUCCCCGGCAGGACAGUGACUCUCCAAUUCCAGUUGAUGAUUGCUGUUGGCAGGUGGAACCCCUCUCACCGAUCCCAAUAGACCACUUGAACCUGGAGCGCACUGGCCCCCUGAGCACCAGCAGUCCCACCAGCAGGGCGAGGGAGGCCCCAGACAGUGGGGACUGCCGCUCCCCAGGAUUCCUGGGCACCACCCCCAUCCGAGGAAACUGUGCCACCCGAAAAAAAUCUCAGGAGAAAUCCUCAUGGGCCAGCUCCCCACGGAGCAGCAGGCUGAGCUUUUUGAACUCAGCUCUGUGGGACGACUGGAAUGGAGAAGAGAAGUCUCCAGAGGCUCUUCAUCUAGUCCAGACACCAAGUGCCAAUGGAGCUCAGAAAACAGAAGGAUUGGAGAAGCCAAAAGGUGCUGAUCAGAAGAACUUGCCCCCAAAAGUGCCCAUAACUCCAAUGCCAAGAUAUUCCAUUAUGGAGACCCCGGUGCUGAAGAAGGAGCUGGACAGGUUUGGAGUCCGUCCUCUGCCUAAACGCCAGAUGGUUCUGAAACUGAAGGAGAUAUUCCAGUAUACUCACCAGACCCUGGAGUCAGGCUCCGAGGACGAGAUCCCGGCCUCACAGGCGCCCCUGGAGGCACCCUGCAGCUGGACGCACACCACCAAGACCUACAAGCCUCCCAGGGCAAGAGGCCGCACCCAGCGGGAGGCCCCCAGGGGUCCUGUGCCCCAAAAGUCCAAGGGACCUACUAAGACCAGGGGCCCCCGACCUCGAAGGAAGCAGCCCAGUGAGAGCAUCCCACCCCCGAGCCAGUCACCAGCUGAAGAGGCUGCUCCAAGCCCAGAGGGUGACACCCAGCUCCCUGCUUCCCAGGAGUCCAUGGCCACCUCUGUGGAAGGCAGUGACAGCUCUUUCAGCUCACAGAGUUCUUCCUCUUGUGAGUUUGGCACGGCCUUUGAGUCUGCGGGGGAGGCCGAGGAGGCCGAGGCGGGGGUCAGCGCGUUGCAGAUGGCUGUGCAGGCCACGGACACGGAGGAGGUACUGAGGCGCUACAUCCGCUCCCAGCCCGCCCUCUACCGCAAGGUGCUGCUGUACCAGCCUUUUGAGCUGGCUGAGCUGCAGGCCCAGCUGAAACAGAAUGGCAUCCGUGUGGCCACGGGCAAGCUGCUGGACUUCCUGGACGCGCACUGCAUCACCUUCACCACCGCCGCAGCCCGCAAGGACAACCUCAAGGGCAAGAGGCUGCGGCCCAUGGGCAAGAAGAAAGGGGAGCGGAAAUGACAGGGCCACGCCUGUCCCCACCCCGCAACAGCUGCCCAGGGGUCUGUGUCCAGCAUCAGCAGCCCCUGCCGGCCGUCUGCGGGAAGCACCUGAGACUCCCAGUAUGGAUCCGGCCUCCACCAGCACCUCAGGGCCUCAGGGCCACAUCCACUCUGCACCUGUGAAACGACAACAGCACUGACCCAGAUCUUUCUCCACUGGACCCCACUUCCUGGGUGGCAUUUGGAGCAUGUUGCCCACUGGAUUUAGGACCCUGGCCCCUCCCUCUUUCGGGGCCCACAGUGUUUCCCUUAACCCAGCAGGGCCUCAUGUGUUCCAGAGGAACAGUGGGCCACCACCAGCUGGCAGGGACAAGGCCUGGUUCUUUCACAUCCGCCACUCUCUGUGUCCCCUAGCCUCAGGCAUGACUGCCUGUGAGUCUGUCCUGAGCUGGACAUCAGGUUUAGCCUGCCCUGGCUGGCCUGGGCCUGUUUCCUUCUCAGCACUCAGACCAAUCCCCAGUAGACCAGGUGUCCCCAUGCUCCCUCACUGCAUGCCCUUGGGGCAGCCCUCCUGGCCCAGCCAUCCUGCCGAGACACUUGUCACCAUCACCAGCAGUCUCCAAACUGGACAGCACACAAGGGCCCAACACAACUGCAGCCCCCAAAACAAACAUGGUCUUUGUUAGUGGAGCACAGGUGAGGGCCAGAAAAGAAGAAAAGUUGGGGUCUCCCCAUCCUUGUGAAUGUCCUUGUGUGUUUUAAAUAUGGUGCAGUCUGUUUUUUAUGAUGUGCAAUAAAAACAAAAAGCCUUUAUAAAAA